AAUCCCUGCUACCGCUGACAUGAAAAUUAUUUACGAUAUACGGCAAUGCUGUGGGGUGUUUUUGGAGCCAGAAUAGCUACAGCAGACUGUAACGGACUCUUUUUGAACCGCAAGGCUUUCGAAUUUUAGAUGACUCUACCCACGACUUCGUAGCCAUCCCAGGAGGCUUGGAUCAGUCAGAAUAAACGACGACAUCAUAUGGUUCGUCUUCCCACUUCAUUCCCAAGGUUAUGAAAUCCACUGUGGAAUCGUACUGGCCAUAUAAGAUCUCUUAUGAAUUAAAGAGUUCAAGAAAAAUCGUAUGCUCGUUUCUUCAUGUCAUUGCUUCUCUGAUACCUUCACAAAACUGGGAUUCUUCUCAACCCAAAAAUAAUAUAUCUACAGAUGACGUAAACCGGACUAUAAAAUCCUAUGCUUCCCUCUUGUUGGAUUCUUUUAAAACCAAGUCACUAUCUCAAGGCAAGAUAGUGCAUUCUCAUUUAUUAAUCACUGGACUGCAUCAGCAUAUCCUUCUGGAAUCCAAGCUUGCUGCAAUGUAUGCAAUCUGUGGCAAAAUGGUAGAAGCACGCCAACUGUUUGACAAAAUGUCUGAACGAGAUGUCUUUUUAUGGAACACCAUGAUCAGAGGCUAUACCUAUAUUGGGACAUCUAAGGAAGCUCUUAGAUUAUACUAUCAAAUGCAAGAUGCAGGCGUACGUGCAGACAAUUUCACCUUUAACUUUGUGCUCAAGGCGUGUGCUUUGCUCUCUGAUUUAGAAGAGGGCAAGGAGAUUCAUGAUCACAUAAUCAGAAAUGGUUUUGAGUCUGACUUAUUUGUGGGGAAUGCACUCAUAUUUAUGUAUUCAAAGUGUGGGUGUGUGGAGAUUGCUCGCCAGUUGUUUGAUAACAUGCCUGAGAGAGAUGUGAUAUCGUGGAAUACAACGAUUGCAGCGUAUGCCCAAAAUGGAUUUGCCUCUGAGGCUUUGACACUGUUUCAUCAAAUGAUAAUUGGUGAUGUGAAGCCUGAUCCUGUGUCCACUGUCAGUGCUCUGCAGGCAUGUGCCAGUCUAGAAGCUCUGAGAGAGGGCAAGGGUAUCCAUAAUUUGAUCAUCAAGAAUAGGUUUGAAUUAGUAGAUGUCUCUGUGGGGAAUUCCCUCAUAGCUCUGUACUCUAAGUGUGGGAUGAUAGACAUCGCUUUCAAAGUCUUUGACAAGAUGAAGAAGAGAAAUUUGGUUUCGUGGAAUUCACUAAUUGCAGGAUAUGCUCAGAAUGGACGUGCCGGCGAAGCCUUGAAGCUUUUCCAUCAAAUGCAACGGGAAAAUUUGAAACCCAACCAGGUUACCAUUGUGAGUAUAAGCCGAGCAUGUGCUGACUUAGCAAUCCUCCGAGAGGGAAAGGAGAUUCAUAAUUACAUUAUCCAAAACGGUUUUGAGUCAGAUAUAACUGUGGCAAAUUCCCUCAUAGCCAUGUAUGCGAAGUGCAGAUGUCUAGAUAUUGGAAGGCAAUUGUUUGAAAAAAUGUCCGAAAGGAAUGUCAUUUCAUGGAAUAUAAUGAUUGCUGGUUAUGCCCAGAAUGGACAAGCAGAUGAAUCUUUGUUCAUCUUUCAUGAAAUGCAAUUUUCAGCUAUAAAACCCCAUGCAGUCACAAUGAUUAGUGUUAUAUUUGUCUGUGCUCGAUUAGCAUCACUGCAACAAGGUAGUUGUUUUCAUGCAUACAUUAUUAAAUGUGGAUUUGAUUCAAAUGAUAUUUUGGAGACAACUCUUAUUGACAUGUAUGCCAAAUGUGGUAGGGUUGAUUUUGCACUCCAAACUUUUCAAAAAAUGUCUUGCAAAAAUGUUGUGGCGUGGACUGCUAUGAUUUCUGCAUAUGCAAGGCAUGGGCUUCCGGAGGAUGCUCUUGCUCUUUUUGCACAAAUGGUAAAUGCAGGAAUAAAGCCAGAUCACGUCACUUUCACACAUAUUUUGAGUGCAUGCACUCAUGCAGGCCUUGUUGAUGAGGGUUGGAAAAACUUUGAGUGUAUGAGUAGAAAUUAUGGUAUAAUUCCAAGAGUGGAUCAUUAUGCAUGCAUGGUUGACCUUCUCGGACGUGCUGGCCGUCUUGAUGAGGCAGAAUUGCUUGUAACAAACAUGCCAUUAGAACCCAAUGCUGGUGUAUGGGGAGCACUGCUUUCAGCUUGUCGAAUUCAUGGCAACAUUGAACUAGGAGAACGUGCAGCUAAAUACCUUUUUAAACUUGAACCUGAAGAUGCUGGAAAUUAUAUCUUACUGUCAAACAUGUAUGCUGCAGCUGGCAGAUGGUAUGAUGCAGCAAGGAUAAGGACAAUGAUGAAUGAUAGGGGGUUAAAAAAGACACCUGGUUGCAGCUUGAUUGAGGUAAAUAACAAGGUUCAUUCUUUUCUAGUGGGAGACAGAUCGCAUCCUGAAUAUGAAAAAAUCUAUGCAUAUUUGCAGACCUUGAAUCGGAAAAUGAAGGAGGCAGGGUAUGCAAUUGACCCCAAUUUUGCUCUGCAUAACAUGGAGGAGGGUCAAGGAACAUGAGCUCUACAGA